CGCCACUGCCGGGAUUUUGGGGUGGCUGGGCCUCGCUGCCACCCCAGAGAAGGUGGGGAUCCCCCCCAGAGCUGGGGUUCCCCCCACAAAUCCCCCUCAAGAAAACCACGGGUGACAGCCGCUUCCAGAAUGAAGCCACAUCCCAGGAGAUGUCACACCUGGACUCCCUCUGGCUGGGAAAUUUGGAUCCUGGGAUUCCCCAUCCCGGGCAGCCUCUUUGCUUGGUGUUGGGAUGGUUUUUGGGGGGGUGAAGGCCAAAUUCUGGGGAGGAGCUCUGGGAGACCUGGAUGAGAUCGGUGCUGGAUGAGAUUCCCGUGGCCCAGCUCAUGCAGGACAUCGCCCACCGGAGGGGGAAUGUGAGCAGCCGUGGGGCUGCGGAGCUCCCACGUGGACACCAGGUUUUCCCAUCCAACCUCCAUCAGGAGCAGGAAAGACCUCAGGAUGUUCAACCCCAACCAGGUGGGAAUACUGCAAAUCCCAUUCCCAGGUUUUUUCACACCAGGGUGCAUCUUCCCCAGCUCAUCCCACUGCUGUUUCCGUCUUUUCCGUAUGCAGAGAGCAUCCUGGUCCUUCAGGAGGUGAUGGAGAAGCUGCAGAGGGUCAACCAGAGCCUGGAGCUGAUGCUGACAGCCUUGGAAGAUGCACGAAGCCGGCUGGAAAAGCACCUGGAGCACCUCAAAGCCAUCCCUGACCUGGAUGGUCAGAGCCAAAGCGUCACCUCCUCCUGCAUCCCACACGGCUCAUACUUCCCGCUCCUGGUUCUCCCACUGGUGCCGGCGUCAUUCCGGGCCAUCCUCCUCCUCCUCUUCCUCGCUUCCAGCGCCCUCGGCAUUCCAGCAAUCUCCACUCUCCUGGUCCUUGCUGCGGCAGGGCACUGGCUGCUGGCAUCCGCCUGCCGUGGUGCCGGAAGGAUCCGGCCAGUGGCUCCCCGGGAAAAGGCCCGGUACCGGCUCACCUCCACCCCGGAGAGGGAAUGCGACAUGGAGCUGCUGCAAGAGGAGCUGGACAGGAUGGAGAUGAGCUGCCUGCAAAAUGAGAGGUGCCCACAAGGUGGGAGGUGUGGCAGCUGUAGGACACGGAUCCAAAAUCCACAGAUCCACAUCCCCAUCUUGUGCUGGGACGUGUGUCAUCCCAGAGUGUCCCCAAGCUCUGCCAGGGCACGUGCCACCACCCCAGAGUGUCCCCAUACUCCACCUGGAGGGUAUCCCAAUCCUUGCCAUGUCCUUGCAGAGCCCUCACACCCGGAGCAGCCCCAAGAGGUGGCCGGGGACAUUCCCAAAUUCACAGGGCAGGCGUCACCCGUCCCCGGUGGCCAGAGGACACCACCAAGCUCGUGUGAGGUGACACUGGAGCGGGUCAUGGAUACUGGGAAGCUCUGGGAGCCCAAACCCUGCAGCCCGAGGACCAACAUGUCCCCGUGCCAGGGGCUCACCAGGGCUGGGCGGCGGUGCCGGAGGAAAGCAAUUCCCGGGCUGGAAUUCUGCCACUUCCACACCACCGGCAGUAGCUCGGCCACGGAUUCAUCCCCCCGUUUUUGACCCUCUACCCCCCUCCCCG